AUGCAGAAAAUCAUCUACGACUUCUACUCUGAUCUCUUCGACAGCCAUAUCCACUUGUCUCCUCACCAUCUGAGGGAAGACGGACAUGGCAUUCCAGAGGUUCUCCCGUCCGAAAUACGACAUGCUAUCAUAUCGGUAAGAAAUCGCAAGGCACUCGGUCCCGACAGAAUAAGACCAGAACACCUGAAGAACCUUCCGCCAGUACUUAUCAACACCCUGGCGAGGCUCUUUGCACGUUAUCUGUCGGAGUGCAAGGUUCCAAAACAGAUUAAGAUUGAACAAGAAGCAAGAAGAAAUGAAGCUGCACGACGGGUUAGAAAACCAAUAGAGACAAUCGACGUGAACUACCAGUCAUCAUUAAAACAGGGAGAUUCACAUGAUAUCGGAAACUAUCUCCCACUCUGCUUACUGUCCGUCAUCAACAAACUCAUUACAAGAGUGAUCCUUAAUAGGAUUGAAAAAGUCUUGGAUGAAAGACAGCCAUGCGAGCAAGCAGGGUUUCGAAAAGGAUUCAGCACGAUUGACCACAUUCACACUGUUUCCAAACUCAUCGAGGUAUCACGAGAGUACAAAAUGCCGCUCUGUCUCACCUUCAUCGACUUGAAGAAGGUCUUCGACUCAGUUGAGACGGAAGCGGUCGUGGAAACCUUGGACAACCAAGGCGUCCCUACUCAGUACAUAAAGAGGGGGGUCCGACAGGGUGAUACAAUUUCACCCAAAAUAUUCACAGCCACCCUCGAAAAUGCAAUGAGAAAGUUGGGAUGGGACGACAGGGGGGUGAAGGUUGAUGGUAGGCAGCUACACCAUUUGCGCUUUGCGGAUGACAUCGUACUGAUAACACCUAGCAUCAGCCAAGCGGAAGGAAUGCUGACCGACAUCGACGAAACAUGUGGAUGCAUCGGUCCAGCUGAAUCUGUAAAAGACGAUGUUCAUGCACAACGGAUGUGUCUCGGAUGCUUCAUUCACGCUCAACGGAACGAACAUAUCCGAAUGCACCAGCUACGUUUAUAUGGGUCGGGAAUUGAACAUGAAGAACGACCUGACCCCCGAGCUGGACAGGAGAAGACGAGCGGCUUGGGGAGCAUAUAA